AUGACAUUAAAAAAUUCUCAUAAAAUACGACGCGCGCGUGGAAUUGCAUCGCUUUUGUUUUCUCCGUAUAGUUUUAUUAAUUUCGACGAGUUCCGAUAUUUGUUACUGAAACUUUAGGUUUAAAUACCUGAAACCACCAGAAUGUCUAACAAUUCUAUGGGCCAAGGCGCGAAUAUGCCGUCAAUCGGGGGAAUGAACCAAGGCGGGAUUCAGUAUGUGAACAAUCCUCUUCAAAGUCCGCAACUGCAGUCUACAUCCUUGCAAGGUUCUCCAUCACAACACAGCCCUAUGGGAACGCAGUCGCAAAGCGGAUCUAAAGUCAAUACAAGCGGCGGCGGCGACCAAACGACUCAGCUUCUGAGUCGCCCUCGUCUGCAAGAGUUGGUCCGUGAAGUAGACCCAACGGUGCAACUGGACGAGGAGGUCGAGGACAUGCUGCUCCAACUAGCUGAUGACUUCAUAGACUCUACACUGAAUGCUGCGUGCUCGCUCGCUAAGCACCGACAUGCGUCCACGGUGGAGCUCAAAGAUGUGCAGUUACAUUUAGAACGCCAGUGGAACAUGUGGAUACCAGGCUUUGGUAAUGAUGAGCUGCGACCGUACAAGCGGUCUGCAGUUACCGAAGCCCAUAAACAGCGCAUGGCUCUUAUCAGGAAGACCAUGAAAAAAUAUUAACUGUCUAUAUUAACAGUAGAUGUAAGUUUAUAUCGGUAUAAAAGUGUGAAGGUAUAAUUGUAAUUCUUCGGAUCCACUGGACAUUGUCGGCAAGUAGUUUCUCUAGUACCUACAACCAUUUUUACAGCAUACAUCUAAAUAUCUUAAGACUUAUUUCCUUGAGGUAGAAGAGCAUUUAUAAAGUUACCUUCUUUCCGCCGGCGAAUUCUUUAGCGUGGACUUCGUUUAUCGUAGCACUUAUUUUUCAUCCCCUUAGGGGGUGAUUUCCGGUAUAAAAACUAUAUGAUGUUCUUCCCUACGUCUCAAACUUUCCCCAUACCAAAUUUGAUCUAAACCGGUUGAGCAGUUUAACUUCUUAAGACCGAGAUUGCCAGACACAAUAGUUAAACAAUGAAGUUUGGAUUUAAAAAGGACUUUCGGUCUUACGACUUUAAAUGCGAAAGAGUAACAAAUAGACAAAAUUACUUUCGCAUUUAUAAUAUCAGACCGUAUAAGGCAUAGGUUUCCAAACAAAAUAGUUAAACAAUGAGUAUUUGAUAUUAAAAGUAAACAAACCUUGAAAUAGAUUGAUUCUGUGGGUGAUAUGUGUUUCUUGACCCAAAAAGAAGAGAAUCCUAUUUUUAUUACUACCUAGAAAAUUUUAACUAAGUCUAAACCUAGAAGUGAUUAGUGAUGGGUGAAACCCAACUUAGAGCCUUCAUAGAUUUAUGAAAACUAGAGAAUUAUAGAUGGUAAACUCUUGUUCAAAUGUGUUGUUAUACUGCACAAUUCAGACUGAAAUUAUUGCCAAUUAUACUGUGAUUAAUCACCCACUUGAACAGAUUUUUUUCAGUAAUUUAAUUAAGAAUUUGAAAGAUGUCCAAACUAUGUUUGUAAGUAUGAAAAAAUCCAAUUUUAUAUAAACUGUUUAUGUAUGUGGAAAAAUCUCGUAUGUUAGUUUUAUCCAUAGCUUAAAAUAUUUUUCACAUCAUUGUAUGUUGAGUACAUGCCAAGUUGAACGCUCAAUCUUUCAACAAUUUUAACAAUAUCUAUGUGUAGAAAUCUUGAAAAGGUCUCCUUUGUUUAGGGGUUCACAUCAGUGGGGUUGACUGACAAAACUAUGCUCAGCUUCGAGACUGCUCUCAAGAUCAUGUCAAUGUGACAGUUCUCAAAUAAAAAUGGACUUGAGUAUCAUCUUGAGGGCAGUCUCAGCUGAGAUUAGUUUAUUAACACCGCCCCUAGAAAGAUAUAAUUAUGAUUUUUAGUUGAGUUAAGAAAUAUUAUUUGUGCAUUGUUUUAAUAUAAUUUGUGAAUAAUGUGAGCUUAUUUAACAAUUUCACAAAUUGUACAGAAGCGAUUUUAUCUGUGAGAAAUGUGAUUAUUUUUUUAAGAAUAGAGUACUUGAUGUUUUCUGUUAAAAAUAUUAAUAAAAGAUACAAAUUCAUAAA